GUUCACGACUCACGCGUGUAGAGAUCCAGUGGUCCCUUUAUUUUUGAAACCGAUAAAGAAGUGGGAAACAAAUUCCUCCGUCACAUACGGCCAAAGGCGGAGGAGAUACUACUGGUCGGAAGUCUCUGAUAAACGGAAAUGGUUAACUCAAAAAACAACUCUUCUACCGACAGCGAAAACUCCUCCGGUGACGUUCCCGACUCUAAACCUAGUCUCUACUUUGAAGGCGAGAAGGUUCUCGCUUAUCAUGGCCCUCGCAUCUACGAAGCAAAGGUCCAAAAAGCAGAGCUGCGGAAGAACGAAUGGAGAUACUUCGUUCAUUACCUUGGCUGGAACAAAAAUUGGGAUGAAUGGGUAGGAGCUGACCGCUUGAUGAAGCACACGGAAGACAACGUCUUGAAGCAGCAAGCCCUGGACAAGAAGCAGGGCAUGGAGAAAAGUACUAAAUCUGGACGUUCAGCACCGGCAAAACCCAAAAGCUCAGCUGAUGUUAAACUGGACAAGGAAGAAACUAAGAGCAAUGUUCCAAAAGGGAAAAAGCGCAAAACUGACUCAGGCGCUGAGAAGGGCAAUGUAUCUGUAGAGAAACUUGUGAAGAUUCAGAUUCCAUCUACUUUGAAGAAGCAACUAGUUGAUGAUUGGGAGUUCAUCAUGCACCAGAAUAAGCUUGUGAAGCUCCCACGAUCGCCCACUGUGGAUGAUAUAUUGACCAAGUACCUUGAAUACCGAUCCAAAAAGGACGGGAUGAUGACUGAUUCAGUUGGGGAGAUACUGAAUGGAAUUCGAUGCUAUUUUGACAAAGCACUGCCUGCACUUUUAUUGUACAAGAAGGAGCGCCAACAGUAUCAUGAAGCAGUUUCAGAUAAUGUCUCUCCAUCUAGUGUAUAUGGUGCUGAACAUCUAUUGCGCCUUUUUGUAAAAUUACCCGAGUUGAUUGCAUAUGCAAAAAUUGACGAGGAGUCAUUAACGAAGUUGCAACAGAAAUUUCUAGACUUUCUCAAGUUUUUGCAGAAAAACCAGGGUACUUUCUUCCUAUCUGCUUAUGAUGGUCCUAAAGCCUCUGAAGGAAAUGGCAAGGAUAAAGAAAGCUGAGCAGUCUACCAAUUUAGCUAGAAUUAGAAUGAGUCGCAUCAGAAGCAUUGGCGGUAUUUCUUGAACAUGGUAUUUCUUGAACAUGCCAAUAUGCCUACUGGUGAUGCCCACAAUUAUAGGGCAAACUCUUUGUUGUUGUGUGCUGUGAUCUGUAUCAGUAGAUCAUUUUUUAUUCCUGGAGAACUAUUCAUUUGCAACUUAUAUAGUCAGGUGAUCAACUUUCGAUAGGAGAGUUCUGCCUGUUACAAUAGUUUAUUGAUUGUUGUUAAAUUGCAUGCACCUAUAGAGUUUAGUGCCACAAAAAAUCUAGAUGAUCGUGAACUCCUGUACCUCAGUUACAAAGUUUAGCAGCCUCUGUACCACUUAGCUUCACCAUAGCGUAGGUGCUGGAAGGGUUUUAUUGCUGUUUUACACUCAGAUUGGACUCAUCAACUUGGCUCUGAUGACUACAUCUGAUACUCUUGAAGGACUAUUAUUUUGCUGUUAUAUAGAGCUGAUUUUAAAUUA